AUGCCAGUCACAAGAAGUCAAUCGAAGAAUUCCGUCAACCAAAAUCUGAACACAGCACAGGAGAAUAGCGAGAGUUCUAAAAGCUUGCAACAAGAAUAUUCAAAGGAAUGGCAGUUCGUUGAAUGGUUUGACCUUGACUAUUCCGACAACUCAGCCAUCAAGCAGACAGACUGGAAGCUCAUUCUCAAGGAAGUGCGAAAAGUCGAUGGCUGUCGCCAAAUUACAUGGGCAAGUCCUAUGGAAGAUGACCAGCGACUGUGUAUUUUCAUACAUUGGUGGGCAAGAGUACACCGAGACAAGUUUCGCCAGUCGGAUGCAAUGACGCAAACCAUGAAAGAAGUCAUCUUUCUACCUGAAUUCGACUCUUCCGGCAACCAUUCCAGCAGCCCCAACAAUAAGGCACUUUCAAUUUAUCACUAUCGAGGCACUCUCCAGAAAUUCAUACUGGAUUGCUUUUCCAAAUCCAGUCGUCCUGAUAUGGUUUAUGAGGUCUUGACGGGCUACUUUCCGGCCGAAGAGAUCAUUGCAAUACUCAAUUCGGACCCUUCAUACAGAUUUCCUAGGAUAGUCAAUUACAAAUCUCAUCCUUGGGCAUCGGAAGACCCUAUUGGUGCAGCUUUAACACAGGUCGUCGGCUAUGUGUCAGGCGAAGUCGAAUACAGAGGCCGACGUUGUAAACGAGUCGCAUGGUUCUUUAACUGGAAAUCGAGUGAGGAUGAGGAGAUUUACAAAGAAAUGCCGUUUUCUAGAGACAAGAAUGGAGAAUGGCGGACAGUGAUGGAUUCAUUUAUCGAUGAGCUACAUGGUCUCGGACUGGUGGGAUAUGAGUCUAUCCAUGCCAAGUUUAAGGAAAUAAAAAAAUGGACUUAA